AUGGAAGAGCCUGCAGCUCCCUCUGAAGCCCACGAGGCACCCGGGGCCGAGGCAGGUGCCGAGGCAGCAGGGGAGGGUGCAUCUGGGCCCGACCUCCCCGUGUGUGAGGCCUCCGGGGAGUUGGCAGCUUCAGACCCAGUCUCCCUUCAAGCUGCUGUGGGCCUGCCCCCCCUCCGUGUGGUUCCGGAGCCAGCCCACCUGCGCACAGUGGGUCUGAGGUCUGCCCGGGCCUCAGGGGGAGGGGCCAGGCCCAGCUGUCUUCCAGGCCGGAGCAGCGGCAGCUGGACAAAGCAAAUCGUCUGCAGGUAUUAUGUACAUGGGCUGUGCAAGGAGGGGGAGAACUGUCGCUACUCCCACGACCUCUCUGUCAGGCAGAAGGCCAGGGAGGGCCGCGGUUCACCGCCUCAGGCCUCUGCAGACAGAGGCCCCAGUGCGGCUGCGCAGAGCGAGCCCCCGACUCAGGAAGUGGUGGAAACCCCCCCUGCUGCAUCCUCACGCUCCUUGCCUCUGAUUGGCUCGGCUGCUGAAAGGGGUUUCUUUGAAGCCGACACAGACAAUGCAGGCCGUGGAGCUGCUGGAGGAGCAGGUGCAGCGGGAGCAGAAGGCUGGGAGAAUGCCAUUGAGUUUGUUCCCGGGCAGCCCUAUCGGGGCCGUGGGAUCCUUCCUGUCCCCGAGGCUCCUCUGCAAAGCUUGGUGACUGAGAGGGAGCAGAUGGCUGUGGGCAUGGGAGAGCAGCUUUGUCGCUAUGCUGCCAGGGGUCAAUGCUUUCGUGGGGAGAGCUGUGUGUACCUCCACGGAGAGAUAUGCGACAUGUGUGGGCUGCAAGCCUUGCACCCCAUGGAUGCUGCCCAGAGGGAAGACCAUAUAAGGGCCUGCAUUGAAGCACAUGAGAAAGAUAUGGAACUCUCAUUUGCUGUGCAGCGUAGUAUGGACAAGGUGUGUGGCAUCUGCAUGGAGGUUGUCUAUGAGAAAGCCAUCCCCAGCGACCGCCGCUUUGGCAUCCUUUCCAACUGCAAUCACACCUUCUGUAUUAAGUGUAUCCGCAGAUGGAGAAGUGCCAGACAGUUUGAGAACAGGAUCACCAAGUCCUGCCCCCAGUGCAGGGUCUCCUCCAGCCUUGUCAUUCCCAGUGAGUUCUGGGUAGAGGAGGAGGAAGAAAAGCAGAAACUUAUUGAGCAAUACAAGGAGGCAAUGAAUAACAAGCCCUGCAUGUAUUUUGCUGAGGGGAGGGGUCGGUGUCCCUUUGGAAGGAACUGUUUUUACAAGCAUGCAUACCCUGAGGGCCAGGGAGAUCAUCCUCACAGACCAGGUGGUGGGUCAUCCAGCACAUACUGGCAUCAACUUGUGCAGCCUGUGCAGGUGGGAGAGGGCAACAUGCUCUUUAAAAGCAGGAAGAAGGAGAUUGUCGUGCUUUGGCUGGCCAAUCUGUUGUUUAAGCUAUUUCUUUCACUGAGAGGUGAUGAGUUUCCCUUCUCUGAGGACCAGUGA